AUGUUAAAUAAGUUAACCCUUAGUUUCAAAUCAGAGGCUAUCGAAUAAGAAUUCAGAGAAAACCAAUAAUAAAAAAUAAAAGAAGAGUUUAAAUUAUUCACUAUAUAAUGUUUGGUAUAAAUAACAUGUUAAUGAAGUUGUACUUUCCUUUUUAUGUAUUGACCUACUUUUAAUCAUAAUACUUUAAUUUGAUUAGUAUUUUGAUAAUUUUAAUAAUCACUGGAUUGGUUGUGUUGUUUAAAUUGAUAAUUGACAAUUCUCCAAAUUGGAUCAACAUAAUAUUGCCUAUUUUAUAAAUUUUGUUUGCUCUCAUAUGGAGUGCGGAUAAUUUAUAGUCAGAAUAAUAUAUAACAAAAUACUCUUGGUUUUAUGGAUUUUAAUCAUUUUAUUUUCAUUAUGGUACUUAUUUUAUAUACAAUAGCCAUUAUGUAGCAAGGAUAUUAAAUAUUACCUUAGACCCUAAGCUUGUUGGGAUUAUAUGUGUAUUUCAUAAUCUUGUUUACUAAUGAUACCUUGGAAUUUAUAGCAUUAAGUCUGACAUAGUUUAGUGUUGUCAUAGGUCUUAUAUUUUUAAAAUAUACAAAUUUAAGGCUAAAACGAUUGCAAUUUAUUGAUCAUAGGGAAAGAAAUAAAUGGAUAAAAAUUAUAGAGUAGGUGGUAGAUUAUCAAUUGAUUGUGGUUUAAUUUGAUAAAAGGCAAGAUCAAAUCAUAAUGAAAUAAAUCAAUGAUGAAACCAAAGAGAAGUUUUAGAUUAAAGAUAAUCAAGAUCUAAGAAAAAUUUUAAGAGAUGUUUUAAUAUUUUUAUAACUCUAGAUGUAAAUUAUUACAAGUGGAACUUCUCAAAGCAAACCUAUAAAGGAAUCCUUAGAAAAGGCUAUUAGAGAUUAAUUUUGCCAUAACUAUUAGUAACUAGUACCAUCCUACGACGUUAUAUCCAAUGUUUUGAAAUAGGAAUUCAGAGUUAAAUUAAUUCAAUACAUAGUUUAAGAAGUUUAAUGUGUUAUCCUAGCUUUUGAUUGUUAGUCAAGGUAGGAGAUAAAAUCAGCAUUAAUGAAUCAAAAGCUCUCCGAAAAUAUAUUUCUUCAAUAUUCUUCUAACAUACUUUCUUGCAUAUGUAAUUAUCAUAAUAAGUUGGUUAUACUACAAUAAAUCGUUAAUUUACAAUUUUAUCGUAUAUGGGUGGAUAAUAAAAGAUUGAUUACAUAAAAAACUCAAAUAAAACUCCCGUCCCUAAUUUCUUAAUUGUAAAAUACUUUAUAAAGAAAGAUUAAAUUAAAAUAGAGUUUUGAAUUUAAUGAUUCUCUUUUGUUAAAUUUUAAUGCGUUAUAAAUGGUUUUGGUUGGAUUAACAUAAUUUGUUGAUCAUGACUUUAAGGUGGCAAUUAAAUUGAAUAAUCAGAUUCUUAUGAAACAUCUAACAUUUAAGAUUGAAACUAAAAAUACACUAGUUCCAAUUCAAAUUUGCAACUUAAUAUAAAGAUAGUUAGAUUUUGAUGAUAACAAUUGGAUCAAAAAUAAAUAAAAAAUUAUUGAAUGCAUCAAAAUUUUAUCAGACAAAAAACAAACAAAUCAGGAUGUGUUUUUGUUCUCUUUCAUCAUGUGCUCAUAUUUUUUGAAUUCAUCUUUUAAUUAAAGUAAAUUGAGAUUUUCAAAAAAAAAAGAUCAAAGAUAAAAAGUCACUUUCGAAAUAAUCAUAUGA